UAUGUAACGCCUAGUAGUCAGUUGGUGUGCAUCUCGAGGGUGACAAGUUGAAUUCGCAAGGAGUAAAUUGGAUUUAGGAUAAAUUUUGCUAAAAUGAAAACGAUUGUUGUGUUUUGCAUGGUUCUGAUGGCAGGGUUGGCUGCCCCGGUGGAUGAUUCACAAAAUGCACAAAUCGUAAAAUACGAAAGUGAAAACAUUGGCAUAGAUGGAUACAGAUUCGAAUUUGAAACCAGUGAUGGAACGGCACGUCAAGAACAAGCGGAGCUCCGGAAUGCCGGUACCGAUGCUGAAGCGAUAGUAGUCCGAGGCUCCUACUCGUACGUUGGACCAGAUGGAACACAGUACGUGAUCAAUUACGUGGCGGAUGAAAACGGGUUCCAGCCGGAGGGAGCUCACAUUCCCAAGUAGUGAGGUGAUUCCAGAAUCUUUAUAAUAAUAGUGAAAUGUUAUUGCGAAAAACGUACCAUCCAGUUGAGAGCACGAAAAUAAAGUUUUGAAAAUAAAA